AUGUCGCUCGCAAACCCGAAUCAGCAAAACAAUUCUGUUACCGCGGCCGUCGCGGUAAAGCUUCCAGACUUUUGGAAAAGCGACCCUACGAUGUGGUUCGCUCAAGCCGAAGCUCAGUUCGCGCUAGCUGGGGUGGUGCAAGACGAAACGAAGUACUACCACAUAAUCAGUAAAAUCGAUCAAUCCAUCAUCUCGCAUGUAUCCGACUUGGUGCAAAACCCUCCGAAGGAAGAAAAAUACAAACAAGUGAAGGAGCGACUGAUUUCGCGGUUCGAAGUUUCGCCCCAGGCAAAGUUGGAGCAGCUGCUAAACGCUUGUGAUCUGGGUGACAUGCGCCCCUCGCACCUGCUGGCACGGAUGCAGGAACUCGGAUCUGGAUUGAAAAUCAGCGAAAGUGUCAUGAGAGUUCUGUUUGUACAACGAAUGCCGGAACGCGUCAAACCGAUUUUGUCAAUCUGUGACGGAAAUUCGCUGGAGCAGCUAGCACAGAUGGCGGACAAAAUGGUUGAAAUUUCAUCACCAGCUGUCGCUUCUGCCUCUACGCUACCUGGACUAGGCCUCGAGGAACUGCAGGAGCAAAUAACCACUCUCACAGCUGAAGUGCGUCGGCUAAAAACAUCCGGUCCGAGAAGCCGAUCGUCAUCGAGGGUGCGACAAACUGGCACGCCGGCGGAUACUGUCUGCUGGUAUCAUCGUAAGUACGGACGGAACGCUCGCCAAUGCCGUGAGCCAUGUGCCUUCAAUGUUCCAAAAAACUAG